GUUAAAAACUGUGAGCCAAUCUACGUAAUAUGGUCUGUCAGGAACACGAAUACGAGUGAAGUGCUCCACUCAUCGAAAGGCUUGUGGAGAAUUGCAAAGAUGAAACACAGUGAUUGAGAAUGAUUAGCUACGUCCUCUAGUAUAUGUUUUGCUGCGAUUCGUCAUUUCACCACAAGCUCGGAAUAACUACGGAUGAUUGACGGCCAAUAUGAGUACCCAGAUUCUAAUUCAAUGCGAGGGACAAAAUACUGUGGGUUGUAAAAAGAAAAUUCCAGUUUGUUCUCACACCCUCAGGUGAUAUGAGGGAACACGAUGUGUUUGAAGUCAGCUAAUGGUUAGUCCAAUUAAAAUAUAAUGACUGAUAAACAUGAUGCUAACGUUCCAGUUUCUAGUACAUUCCGGUAACUACAGUGUUGGUAACGACAUAACUACAGUUUUCCAGCGUCAUGUUGGUGUUGGCGUGGGUGACUCAUGCGGUGGUCCUGUUCGUCGUGGUGGGGGUGAGCAGAGCGGGGACGGCGGGCCUGGGCGUGGGUCAGGUAGUGGAUGCAGGUGGCGGAUGGGAGGAGGAUGUUGCACAAGCGGCGAGUCAAGUGGUGCAGCGCUACCUGGCUGGGUGUCACUUGGUGCUGGCCGCCCCCCGACCCUCGCGUGCCCUGCCUCACCUCAUCAGGGGUCUGUCUGAGGUGGGCGAGCUGGCCGUGUUUCUGCAGCCUUGCGGGGACGUCACGCUGCUCCACGGAAGCUCCAAAGAAAAGGUCUUCCCGGGGAAUGACGGAGUGCCUUACUUUUGGCGCGAGGUGUGGGGGUCCAGCAAGGCCACGUGUCGCGCCUUCCUGCUUGACCUUACUACCUGUGGCACCGACACAGCCGCCAGAGCGAUGUCAUGGUCUGGGUUGUGGCUGCAGCCCAGGACUCGCGUGGUUGUGAUUGGCAGCGUGCAGGAUCUUCACGAGUUCUUCCAACACUCAGCUCUCCGCAACUCUCUUCACGUUCUCUACAUCACACGUCAUUUUUUCUCAUCACACGACGCAAGAACCAGUGAGCGGCGCUCCGUGGAGGUGUACAGUAGGUGCCUGUACUGCACGGCGCGGGAAGCCAGACCACGCUUACUUCUCCAGUGGGACCUGGAAGACGGCAUGUCUGCAGACUUCGAAAUGUUUAGUGAUGAUACAAGGGAUUUCAAGGGCUUAAAGAUGAACAUUGUUGCUCUGCCCUACUUUCCAUACAUAAGCUACAAGUAUGUUGAGAGUGAUUCUGGCCCUAUAAUACUCUACCUGGAGGACUCUCUCAACACUCGCAUGCUUAAUACUCUUGCUCAUCAUUUGAACUUUACGUACGAGCUGCGGUAUCCAUCCGACGGGAAAUUUGGAACUCCAGCGGGAGGCGGUAACUGGACAGGCAUCGUGGGCACUCUGCAAUACGAAAUGGCAGACUUCUCCAUGGACCUGACAGUGACGCCCGGGAGAGCGGAGGUGGUGGAAUAUUCAACGAUAUUCAUUGAUGAGCCCCUUGUUAUUCUGUCGUCCAAGCCAAAGCCUUUGCCUGAGUACCUAUCGGUGGUCAGACCCCUUGAAGGCGAGGUGUGGGGAGCAAUUGUGAUAUGCGUCAUGACUUGGGGCUCAGUGCUGUGGAUAAUGGAAAGACUGUCGCACUGGAUAAGCGGAAGGCGAUACCUCUCUUUCUCGUCGUCCAUGUUCUAUGGCUGGGGUCUACUGCUUGAGGAUCGACCCUUUGAACCUCCUUCCAGCACGUCCAGCCAGAUCCUUGUCGGCACGUGGUUACUCGUGUAUCUAAUAGUAUCGACAGGCUACAAAGGUUCUCUCAUCUCUCACCUGGUGGUGGAGAGCAAAUCAUCCGUCAUAAACAGCAUGGAGGAGCUGGCGGAGCGAGGACGGACUCAAGGCUGGGUCUGGGGCGUCCCGGGAAUUCCAAUGACCGGCGCAUAUAAAUCUUACUUUGUCUCCAGUCCCAGCACAGCAGUGCUUGAAGUAUACAAGCACAUCAAGAUCGUCGAAAAGGAAGAAGGAAUGGCACGAGUUUUGGACGGCGGUUUCUCAUACAUCGACAACUAUUAUUUCAUCAAAACACUGGUGUCCACGUACUACACGGACAGGACAGGCUACUCCCCCGUCCACAUCAGCACCACCCGCUACCCGCUGUUCGCCGGCAAUGGCUGGGCAUUCCGGAAAGGAGCAGCCUUCCUCUCACGCAUCAAUGACGGCAUCCAGCGGUUCCUGGACGCGGGGCUCAUCACGCUGUGGAUGGAUGAAGUGAUCCUUUCCAAAGUCAGAAGGGAACGUGAAGCGCUGACUGGGAAAGACGCUGAAUCCCAGCUCACUCUCAAAACAGCCAGCGACGGCACGGUGGUGCUCGGCCUGAAUCACCUGCAGGGCACUUUCUACACGCUCCUCCUUGGUCACACUCUGGCUUCCCUGCCCUUCUUCUGCGAGAUUGUACUGAGGCGCGCUGAUUGAGCAAAUUUUGACUAUUCAGAGUGAAUAUACGUGUUACGACAGCGAAUAAAUUGUUUCCUUCAUGUGUUUCCGCAAGAAUACCAACCAACCAGAAUGUGAAUGUUUUGUGCUCAGAAUGCAGAGUAACUUUAACACGACCACCUUCUUUCUAUAUACUAGCCUAUAUGAAAAUGAAUUAGAAAAAAUUUAAAUAUUGUUUUCAUAUGCAGACUUACGGUUAAACACUCACACACACACACACACACACACACACACACACACACACACACACACACACACACACACACACACAC